AUGGACGACCAAGCUGACGAUCACAAUCCCGGCGGCGAAGCCAGCACAGCGACGCCCGCCCUGCCACCAUCGGUCGAGGAGGCCUACCGGCGCAAGUGCAUCCAAUUGAAGCAGCGCACCGCCGAGGUCGAGGAGGCAAAUGAGGCCUCGCGCAUACGCCUAUCGCGCCUGAGCCGCCAGGCCGAGAAGAUGCGCAUCGAGCGCGCCUUUCUGCUGGAACAGCUAGCCAAGCGGACUAGCACCAACGUCGAGGACUCUGACGGUAGUCCGAGCCCUCCACCAACGCCCAAGGAGAAACCCCUGAGGACGAAGCGAGGCCACAGAAAGCUCUCCACCAUGCCGGGGACGGAAGCCGGCGCCGCCACACCUGGGUCGAGCUUUGCCAACGCACCGGAACCCGCCCGCGCCGGCAGCUCUCAGCUCCCAGCCUCCCCGACCAGCGACGCCUCCCCGGCCGCCAACGGCACGGGCGCCAAGAAGCCCAGCAGCGCAUUCGAAGUUUACUGCGCCGAGGUCCGACCGACCGUUGAAGAGAAGGAAAAGGACAAGGACAGUGUGGAGGAGGAGCUCGCGCGCCGCUGGAAGGAACUGUCCGACGCCGACAAGGAGCCGUACAAAACCAAGUACGAGAAGCAGCAGAAGGAGGCGGAGGCGGUGGAGAAGCAGCAGCAGCAGCAAAAGGACAAGAAGAGCGCGACGGACAAGGCAACCGUCUCCGCCGAGUCCGAAAAGGCUGCCGAUGUCAAGGCCGAGAGCAGCCAGCCACCAGAGGACGCGCCCGAACCGGCGGCCAAGGCUGGUGCAGCGCAGGAUGAGGACGUCGAAAUGACAAACUACGACACGGAACCAGAGGCUACCCCGAGCGCUGCAGGAGGGGAUGCCAAAAACUGAAACCCCUGGGGAUUAUUGAUUUAACUCAAGAUAUCGUAGUCAGUUCAGGGGCUUGGUCAAGUUUCGAGACUCCAAUGUGGCUUGAGCGAUAAAGCAGGUGCUGAAAAGAGCGUCUGAAAUUGCAGAACCGCUCGAGAGACAGGCUGGUAGCGGGGUGUGAUGAGGUAUUCGGAAUUGCCCAUGUUUGAACAGGGGAGCUUGACAGAAAUAUUUGUCGACGGAAGAGCUUCAGUAAUCGCUCAUCGGGUUAUGACUUGCCUGAUCCAAUGAAAACCCAAGACUUGAGGAAUACAAGACCCUGACCUACGCGUUAGAUUUGUUUGUUAUUUUAAAUUGGGAAUAGCACAUUUUUUGGGGGUUUAGGAGUACGGCGCUAUCAGUCUUUUAAGAAUAAAUAAAACCUCAUGGAUGGCUGUCAUAUUUCUAGUCCGCUCAAUAUCAACAUUCUUUUGGGCACCAAAAUGCCUUUUAGCUCUCUAUCCCUCGUUCAAGCCGUCCCGAACGUAACUCCAAAAAAAAAAAAAAAAAAAAAAAAAAAAAAGCACCAAA